AUGGGUCCUGUUGAGUCUGCAAACGACCUUCUGGGCGACUUCCAUGCGUACCAUGUUGCUAGCAGUAAAUUGCACGAGUUUGAGGCCGUCAAUAUGCGUCGACUGGAGCUCACCAGAACCGUCGCGCAUCUCGUUACUGUUCUCCAGCUGAUCGAGGAAUCGGAACAUAAACACAGCCAGACGGUGGCAGAACUCGCCCAGACGCGCAAAGCUAUCAAACAGAAACAGCAGAACCCGCUAACCGCCAGAUCUGCGGUCCCACGCGUCUCAAGACCGCCGCUCAAAUCGUCGAUCCCUGUUUCCACCACCCCUCGCAGACCAUCGCCUACAAAACUCGGCACUCCGCUUAGUGCGCGCGUGAGCACUCCGUUGAGCGUGCGCAAGAACCUGCUCAAAGUCGUCAAGACUCCGCAAUUGACCCCAGCAAAGACAACGUCGAUCUUUGACGACGACGAAGACGGCGACGACGCGUUGCCAGACCUGCAGACCGUGUCGCGGCCCAAAGUCCAGCUCAAACGCAAAGCCGUAGAGUACUCUGCGCCGGAUUCGUCGCCGUCCAAGGAAAAUGACGACGAGCACACCUCGCCCAUCUACAAACGGAUCAAACAGACCCAGGAAAAACACACAGCCGUGUACCAGCCGUCCAAUGUGUUUAGUCCGGUGAAAAACCGCAACGAGGGAUUCAAAAAUAGUAUUUUUGGUCGGUGA